AUGGCCUCUUCUUCUCAGCCGUCCUCCAGUAAUCCCGUGGUAACCUUCUUCGGGACUUGUCCGACGUGCUGGGAGCAACUUGAUUCUAGUCAAAGGGAUUCUUGCAUCGCGCAGACCCAUUUAUUGCGCCUAGUAGAAGGUCAUUACGCCUGGAUCGCGACUGGAGAACUAGCGAAGCAGUGGAAUGAGAAUGGGUACCAGGAGUACUCCGCUGUGAUAGAGCACGGUAGGUAUCGCAUUGGGAAACCUGGGCUCGGUAGAGAUCGAAUCGCGUCCCACGAAUUGCGACUCCUUAGCACGAGCUCGAAUCGAGAAAGCGCUACACCCUUUGUGAUUGUUACCUCGAGGAACUUAAGAAAAGCACAGGAGACGAUCAGUCGCCUUCAGAAGCACCCGCGUCUCUGCAAAUUUGGAUUCCAAUAUAUGGCCCGUCAAGGAGGCUUGAGACUUACUGCUGGUGAACCACCCUCGACUUCCAACAUUCCUAGUGUCGCUCAGCAUUCUCUAUGCGGCGCUCGGAUUGCUGUUUACAGCCACACGGGUGUCUCCCGCGGUAGCAAUAAGAAUGUUUCUACCAUUGGUGGAGUCUUCCGAAUCAGACAGAAGUAUUAUGCCCUGACUGCGGCUCACGUUUUCUUCGAGAACAUAGCAAGUACGGGCUCGUGGGCGGACAGCGGGUUAUAUGUGACUACUGAGAGCAGCGUUGGAGGGACUCAAAGUGCUCCUCAGCCUGAGAUUUCUGGGCUGUACGAAAUUCUCGUUGAGGGCCUCUGGCCGUAUGCGGCGAGCGCUGAUGGCAGGGCACAAGAUCCUGGCAGGUCGCUGGGCUUGUUCGAGCCGCAAGUCGCUCAUCGUCGAAAGAGUCCCAACCCAAGAGCAUCUAUCGAGGUGAUAUGGAACUUUGAGUCAGACUGGGCACUUAUCCAGUUAAAUGGCCCCGAUGUCUGUGGAGCAAACGCUCUCCAAAUAUCACCUGAAAGGAUGUUAGAUUUAAAACCUCCGAGCCAGAAUUUGGAUCCGCCGGAUGGCACAGUCCUAAUUGCUGCUGGCGUAUCUGGCCAGGUCCUAGGAAAUGGAUUGGGCACCGUCGGAGGGGUCAUGCUUCCCUGGUCUAGCCAAGAGACCCAGGCUUGGUCAACUGAGACUGAAAUUGGUAAGCCCGAACACCCUGAAAUGUCUUUUGGGUAG